AUGCCAGACCCAUUUGCCAGCCAAAGUCCGGACUCCCCCUUCACCGACUACGCGCGCUGGCGCUUGCGUCUAGGACCCGGAGGACGUCAUACAUGGCACUACCUCAGAACGGACGAAGAAAUCUCAGAAUGGCCGCAGACGGACAUUGACCGAUAUUGGCUAGGUUUGCCGCUUGUGUCCUCCGAGAAGAUCAUAUCAAUCAAACCAGCCAAGGAUGCGUUCGAAGCAGCUAGACGAGGAUUCGAGUUCGUGAAACACAUACAAGCACCGGAUGGACAUCUUCCUGGAGAGUACAGCGGUCCCAUGUUCUUGCUUCCCGGCAUGGUGAUUGGUUCGUACGCGUCGGGGCAGUGGUUUGAGGAGGAAGAACGUCUGGAGAUGGUUCGGUACCUGCUGAAUCGCGCGCACCCAGACGACGGGGGUUGGGGGAUACACGUCGAGGGACCGUCGACCGUGCUGGGGACUUCUCUCAAUUACUGUGCCCUUCGGUUGCUCGGUGUGGAUAAGGACCACCCAGCUGCUGUUAAGGCGCGGGGAACGCUGCACAAGCUUGGUGGUGCCGCCGCGUCGCCUUCCUGGGGCAAGUUCUGGAUGUCUGUCCUGAAUGUGUACGAGUGGGAAGGCAAUAACCCAGUUCCGCCAGAAUUAUGGUUAUUACCCAACUGGAUUCCGAUACACCCCUGGCGUUGGUGGAUACACACACGCAAUGUGUAUAUUCCCAUGAGUUAUCUGUAUCGCGUCCAGUUCAAGGUCGAAGAAACCCCCCUGAUUCUCUCAUUGCGUGAGGAGCUAUACACCACGCCGUACAGACACAUUGAUUGGCCGGCCCAGCGCAACAACGUCGCUAAGAUCGACCUGUACUCGCCUCACACGCUUGCAUUAGAUGUUCUCAACAUCUUGCUAAGUUUGACCGUGGAAUCGUGUCCAUUCCCCCCAUUGCAGAGGCGUGCGCUCGACAGAGUCUAUGAGCUCAUCUGCAUGGAGGAUGAAAACACAGAUUUCCAAGACCUCGCGCCGGUCUCGAAGAUGAUGCAGAUGGUGUGCCGCGCCCAUCGCGAGGGACCUAAUAGCGAAGCCGUCCGCAGGCACGCAGAAGCCCGUGCAGACUUCAUGUGGGUCCGCCCCGAUGGAAUGUGCGUGCGCGGCACGAACGGCAGUCAGCUCUGGGAUACGGGGUUCGUUGCGCAGGCGGUCGUGGAGACCGGGCUCGCUGAUUUGGAGGAGAACAAACAGGCGACGCUGAAUAUCUUGCAGUGGAUUGUCGAUUCGCAGAUGACGGAGAACCCGAAACACUACGAGGCUGCCUACAGACAAUCUACGAAAGGAGCAUGGGGAUUCAGUACCAAGGCACAGAACUACACCCUUUCGGAUUGCACGGGCGAAGGCCUGAAGGCGGUUCUGUAUCUGCAGAAUAAAUGGAGUGACUCCCCGAGACUUAUGUCUGAUCGCCGAAUGUUUGAUUCCGUCGAUCUCAUGAUUGGCAUGCAGAAUAGUGAUGGUGGAUUCGCUAGCUACGAGAAGAUUCGGGGACCCAGCCUUUUGGAAGCACUCAACCCCGCUGAAGUAUUUGGCAACAUCAUGAUUGAGUUCAACUAUCCUGAAUGUACCACAUCGGUGAUCACGGCUCUGAGCGUCUUCCGAAAAUAUUACCCCAAUUAUCGCAAGGAUGAUAUCAGCCGCGUAGUAGCGAAUGCCAUUAAAUUCUUGCAUAAGGUGCAGCGGCCAGAAGGGGGUUGGUUUGGUUCGUGGGGGAUUUGUUUCACGUAUGCCACGAUGUUCGCAUUGGAGAGUCUAUCCCUCGUCGGGGAGACAUACGCUACAAGCGAUUCCGCAAGGAAGGCUUGUGAGUUCCUUCUUGAUAAGCAGAUGGACGAUGGUGGCUGGGGUGAGACUUACAAAUCUUGUGAAACCGAGAUAUAUCACUGCCACGAGCGCUCGCAGGUCGUGCAGACGUCAUGGGCGGCAAUGGCACUCAUGUUCGCCCAGUAUCCACGGCGCGAGCCUAUUGCGCGGGCCGUCAAACUUGUCAUGUCGCGGCAAUUACCUGAUGGGUCUUGGGAACAAGAGGCUAUUGAAGGGAUUUUCAAUAAGACGUGCACGAUUACGUAUCCGAACUUCAAACUCGUGUUCACGGUGUGGAUGCUGGGCCUUGCGCACAAGUAUUUGCAGCGGACGGAUUUAGAAUAA